AUGGCACCUCUUUUCCGCUGCGCCCUCUGCUGGCAGUCAGGUGACGACAGGCAAUUCAACAGCAGCCACUACAUCAAGUCGCACCUGGGGGGUCUCACGACUCACAACUUGGGACCCUUUGCCUGCUCUCAGCCUGGCUGCGACCUCCGCAGCAACAGAGCCGAUCGCAACCUGGUGCACACCGACGCCAAUGGAGUGCACAAUGCUCUCUGGGCAGAAGACUUGGCCCUCAAGGCCCAAAUCGCGGCGGUCGUUAACGCGAGUCGUUACGACCCUGCUGAAGAGGAAGACGAAGACGACGACGAAGACGACGAUGGCCUUGCCCCUGAGCCUCGCGCUCGCCGUGACGAGGACCUGUUCGCCGACAGCACUGGCGAUGGUGCCAACCUCACCGUCAAAAUUGACGGCAUCUUCAUCAGAGAGACGGUUUUUGAGGCGAUUUUAGAGGUGAUCGACGAUGAAAUGGGCGAAGUUGAGCCAGGCGAAGUCACCGCCGAGCUUGCAGACCUCAAGAUUCGCUUGGAAGACCAGAGAGAGGCCUGCGUCUUCGCAGAGCUCGUUGACCUGGUAAAGGCUCUGGCAAAGGCCUCAAGACUCGAAAACUCGUUGAGAGUACUGGCUGUAUGCCACAACGAGAUCAAGAACACGUUUCUCCUUCGUGAGACGUGGUAA